CUCUCACAAGCUCAACAUCAUGGCUUUGGCAGAGGAGGACGUUCACAUGAUCAUCAAGCAGGUACUCGACGAGGUUGUAGGCGCAAGCACCCAGUAUACCCACAAGGACAGUGUUCAGUGGAAUCAGAAGGCCGUCGAACAAAUAACGAAGAAGCUAGUGGCAGCGGGAAAACCAUACAAAUAUGUGGUUACCUCGUCGUUCCUUCAGAUCUCGAGCGGUUCCGGUCUCAAUGUUAGCACGAUUUCCUACUGGAAUAAAGUCACGGAUUCCUCGUACAUGUACCGUUGGGAAGCCAAAACAAUGCUUGCAAUCGUCUAUGUUUUUGCAAUUGCAAUUUAACAAUCCACAGCUUCAUCUUAUAUGUCUACUCUGGUUUUCCUCGUUUACCGCCAAUUCUCCCCUUAUUUCUGAUUGUUUUUUUCUUCCCCAUUCAUCACACACUAUCAUGUUUUAUAUUCAGACCUAUUACCUGUCCAGAAAAACUGAGCUGAAAAAAUCCGGACGAGCAGCUCCUUCACAUUCAAAAUCUUCCAUCAUUUCCCCCACUCAAUUCAUUUGUUUUGUCUUUGAUUUUCAAAUUUUUUGCCUUAUUAUUUUAUUGCUAAAUUAAUGAAAACUGUUACUCCUCAU